GAGAUUGAUAAUGGUGAUCAGUUCAGUCGAGCUCGAUCGACAAUAGCUUGUUUCGUAAGUUAUUCACAAUGUUCUUCAAGGGCUGCUGCAUCCCCGCGGUAAUGGCGAUCUGCGUCGUCGCUUCUGCGUUGGCUGAGGAAGAGAUCAUAGUUGUUCCCGAAGAGGAAGUGGUGGCACCGAGUGCGAGCAUCAAGUGGACAGGAGGAUCCUUCGAGUGGCCGUGUCCUACAACGAAGAGCAUGUUCAAGAACAACGGAAAAUAUAUCUCGAAGAACGUGAUCGCGACUAGGGCUGCCAUCUACAACAACGACGCCAUUGUGGCGCUUCCUAGAUUUAAGGCAGGAGUGCCAGCAACGUUGGCCAAGAUCUCCCUGAACGACCCUAACUGCCAAGCCACCUUGGUCCCCUAUCCCUGCUGGUCGGUUCAAGAAGAAGGGACUUGCAGUGCCUUGCAGAACGCCGUGGAUCUUUACCUGGAUCCACAGAACAUCCUCUGGGUCCUCGAUACUGGAGUAGUGAACACUCUAGAGGAGCCUGUCAGGAAAUGUCCACCGAAAGUCCUCGCGUUCAAUGUUGCAACUGGAAAGAAAUCACUCACAUCCUCCCUCAUUUCUGCCGCAGCUGGUGAAGACGGUGGACCUGUCCGGUCUGACGAGUCCGAUGUCCCGGCUGCAAUACGUGGUGUCGGACUACAGCCAGGACGGGCGGGUGUUCAUCUACGUGUCCGACGCUGCCACAAGGGCCAUCCUGGUCUACGACGUGACUUUCGGCCGUGGAUACCGCGUGGUCCUCCCGCAGGCGGUUACUUUGGGCUGUACCCGUCGAGACGUGUUGUACCUUGGCCUUCUCCGUCGGUCAGACGGCAGCACCUGUUUGGUCUUCACCUACCUGAGCAGCAGCAGGCUGUUCUCGAUCAGAACCGAGCACUUGAGAAAUGGCUACGCGCACGGCCGUAUCCACGAUCUUGGCCCCAAGCCGAGGAAGAUGGUCCUCUUGGGCACAGACAACGGCAGCGCCCUCUUCUUCCGCUACGAGGGCGAGUCAGACGUCUACAGGUGGGACGCCGGCAAUACCUUCGAUCCCCGCAACUUCCAGCUGGUCUACACCAGCCCAGAAUGCUCCCUUGCGACUCAUGUGGCCGCAGAUUACGCCAGAAGCAGGAUGCGAGUGCUAGAAUCCAACUUUCCCGAUUAUAUGCAAGGAACCGUUGGUUGCGGCGCUAGCCAGGCGCUUAGUCUUAUGUAACUGUCUGCUAGACAGUUGGGUGUCGACGAGAUAAACCCGUGUUGAU